CGGCGGCGGCGGCGGGGCUCUGCCUCUAAGGGAGCCCAGCGCAGGCCGCAGAGCCCGGACGCUGUGAGCCGAAAGCGCGGGCCGCGGAGCCCGCACGGCCGGCGCAGAGAAUUUGUUCCUGUCGAAGAGCGGCUCCUGGAUCUCCAGACCCUUUGCAGCUUUCAGAGUCUAGUUGGUGAAAUUCUCUACCUCCGAGGAGAAACACUGCUGCUGCUCCUUUCUCAAGAGCAAGCUCCCCAUUGCUAUGGAUACCGAAUCCACAUAUUCUGGAUAUUCUUACUAUUCCAGUCAUUCGAAAAAAUCUCACAGACAAGGGGAGAGAAAUAGAGAGAGACACAAAUCACCCCGGAAUAAAGAUGGCAGAGGGUCAGAAAAAUCUGUCACCAUUCAGGCUCCCACCGGAGAGCCCCUGUUGGCCAACGAUUCUACUCGGACGGAGGAAGUUCAGGAUGACAACUGGGGGGAGACGACGACGGCCAUCACAGGCACCUCAGAGCACAGCAUAUCGCAGGAGGACAUUGCCAGGAUCAGCAAGGACAUGGAGGACAGCGUGGGGCUGGACUGCAGGCGCUACCUGGGCCUCACCGUGACCGCCGUCCUGGGACUUCUAGUGUUCCUCACUCCCAUCGCCUUCAUCCUGUUACCCCCCAUCCUGUGGAGGGACGAGCUGGAGCCUUGUGGCACCAUCUGCGAGGGACUCUUCAUCUCCGUGGCAUUCAAGCUCCUUAUCCUGCUCAUCGGGACCUGGGCGCUCUUCUUCCGCAAGCAGAGGGCCGAUGUGCCACGGGUGUUUGUGCUCCGCGCCCUCCUCUUGGUCCUCAUCUUCCUGUUUGUGGUUUCCUAUUGGCUGUUCUACGGGGUCCGCAUCCUGGACUCGCGGGACCGGAACUACCAGGGCAUUGUGCAGUACGCCGUGUCCCUGGUGGACGCCCUCCUCUUCAUCCAUUACCUGGCCAUUGUCCUGCUGGAGCUCCGGCAGCUGCAGCCCAUGUUCACGCUGCAGGUGGUCCGCUCCACCGACGGCGAGUCCCGUUUCUACAGCCUGGGACACCUGAGUAUCCAGCGAGCAGCAUUGGUGGUUCUGGAAAAUUACUAUAAAGAUUUCACCAUCUAUAACCCCAAUCUCCUAACAGCCUCCAAAUUCCGGGCAGCCAAGCACAUGGCCGGGCUGAAAGUCUACAAUGUAGAUGGCCCCAGUAACAAUGCCACUGGUCAGUCCCGGGCCAUGAUUGCAGCAGCUGCUCGACGCAGAGACUCAAGCCACAAUGAGUUGUAUUAUGAAGAGGCGGAGCACGAGCGGCGGGUGAAGAAGCGGAGAGCGAGGCUGGUGGUUGCGGUGGAGGAGGCCUUCAUCCACAUCCAGCGUCUCCAGGCCGAAGAGCAGCAGAAAGCCCCAGGGGAGGUGAUGGACCCACGGGAGGCGGCCCAGGCCAUCUUCCCCUCCAUGGCCCGGGCUCUGCAGAAGUACCUGCGGACCACCCGGCAGCAGCACUAUCACAGCAUGGAGAGCAUCCUGCAGCAUCUGGCCUUCUGCAUUACCAACAGCAUGACCCCCAAGGCCUUUCUAGAACGUUACCUCAGCGCGGGCCCCACGCUGCAGUAUGACAAGGAGCGCUGGCUCUCGACGCAGUGGAGACUGGUUAGUGACGAGGCUGUGACGAACGGAUUGCGGGAUGGCAUCGUUUUCGUCCUGAAAUGCUUGGACUUCAGCCUCGUGGUCAAUGUGAAGAAAAUUCCAUUCAUUGUCCUCUCAGAAGAGUUCAUAGACCCCAAAUCUCACAAAUUUGUCCUUCGCCUACAGUCUGAGACAUCGGUUUAAAAGUUUUAUAUUUGUAGCUUUAUUACAAAAAAAAAAAAGAAAAAAAAGAAUAUAUAGAUAUAUAGAUAUAUGUAUACCAGAGGGGCAUCUUUUUUUAUUAUUAUUCUUCAUUGCUGACUGACACUGGCAGAUGACAGACCAGUAUCCUUUGACCAUCCGCACUUUACUUGGAAGGAAGCAGGGGAUGUCCGCCCUGGAAAAAAAGCGACUGACGACAUCUGACUCUUGUGGAUGGGACUUCUCGCGAAGCUGUUCCCUGGCGUUUUGUAACAGCUGUAAACCAAAGCGGAGCAGGUGGCCCUCAGGAGCCUCGCCUUUCAGCGGCUAGUCCCCACCUUUCGUCCAGAGCCACGGCCUCCUGUUGCUUCUGGCCCGCCCCCUCGUAGACCUCCUGGGUGCCGCGUCUUCAUUCUGUUUCGGGAAACCAGGCACGACAUGUCCACAUGGGUGCUUGUGUACGUGAACGUCCAGUAACUCUUCACCCACGGGAGCCACCGGCCCUUCCGGAAAUAACUGCCUUCAUCUUUGUUCUUUGUUGCCUUAGGUUCUACUGAGAAAGGUCACAGUGAAAAAUGUGCACUAUCACUUGACAGCUCUAAAUGAUUUUAUUUGGUUUUCUCCCCAAAGAGAAAACCACCUGUCCUGUUUCUGACCCUGUUUCCCUAGGUUUGAGCAGGUAGCCCGUUCCUGACCCUCUGGUGGCCUGCCCAUCUCCCUCUAUCUGCCUUCCCCUAUACGCACCGCACCCCCACCCGGUUGGUGGCCCUGGCCAGAGGAGCCCAGCCUGCAGAGCUGCCCAGGACCCAGCUCUCCAUGUGUGCUCACAGGCUCUGUGCACUGCCUCCCAUGGGUGCUGUGGCUUGUUUGCAUAGGGGAGCACAGAAUGCCAACCAGGUCGAACACAGGGACAGCAGCCUGCCAGAUUGUCCCUUUUAGGGUGCAGUGGGAGCCCCUCUCCCAGUUCUCCUACCCACUGCUCGCAGGGACCAGGGGAAGACUGACACCUUGACUCAGGGACUGGCGGGUGCGGCUUGGAGCCUCUAAUUUCCCGGGGAGAGAAGUCCUCACAAAGCUUUGUGGCAAGCUGCCCUGCCCAGGGAGACCAAACAGUGCCCACUGCAGUGACAGCUCCUGCUGUCCAGUCCCGAUUUCUGACCACCAUCACUGUGCAACUCAUGACCUCUGCCACUUACUACCAGGGAAGGGGCAGCUUCGGCACUGGUGUUGAAAGUCCUUGUAGUGGUUGGUAAAGUGGAGAGAGGGAAUGGGUAAGCAGCAGAGCUUGGGGAAAGGAAAGGGAGAGAGCCGAUCUUGGGAUCCUGGGGGGCAGGUGGCAAGGCUACCGGGGACUUCCUGUCUGUGCCUCCAUUUGCCUUCCUGUAUCCACGGCCAACCUUUACAGAGUAUUCACCCUUGCUUUUCCCAAGAAUCGGGAGUAGCCAGUCACCUCACAUUAGACAAGGCGGACACUGUCAGAAUGCUCUAUGUGUUUGCGAGCACCCUUCCUGGUUUGGGCAUUCCAGAAGUGCUGCGGUAUCUGUGUAUCUUCUUUAAAAAUCAAAACAGGCUUUGGAUAUUUGUAAUACACCUGUACCUGCAAAAGUAAACAGCACUCUUGAACCAACAGCCUGCAGCUCAAACAGAUGUGUUGGAACAGAAGAAAGGAGGAGCCAGUCGGUGUGGCGUGGAGCCAAGAUGUACUAUGUUAACUGCGUGGUUCUGUUUAUGGAAAACAUACCGUGGAACCAUGGUGCUUUUGUUCUUAGUUUCUGAACUAGACAUUCCUUAUGCUGAUGAUGUCUUUCUCAGGAAACAUAUUUUGGGAGAUCGGGCAAGGAAUGGUGAAAGCAUAUGGGACUUCGCCUGGGUCCCGGUUGUCAUGCCCCAGACUGUGUGUGUGUCCGAGGCUUCUGCAUCAGGGCACAGCUGCUGGGGAUGCUCUGAGUACUACUUGUAGGUCAGAUACAGAACAUGUGGUUCAUGGCGACACUAUUAUCUGCAUUCUAAAAUACUGUGCUUCCAGCCCUGUCUUAAGUUACCCGAUCAGAAGGGGUUAAGAUGGAGUUAACCAUCUUCUUCACCCCAGCAGGGUGAAGAAAGGUUUAAAUUAGGGAAUUUAUUUUCUCUCUACCCUCUUCUUUCUCCCCCAGUCUUUGCAUAGGAGAAUGUCAGACUUUCUGAAAUUAUUGUUUCAGUUUUAAAUUGGAUAUCGAUUUUUUUACACUGACUUUGUAUCGAGUCCCUUUUGAAAGCCUAACAAAAUAAAAUGCAGGAUCUUUGUAUAAAGCCUUUGCACUUUCAAAAUCUUGAUAAUUUGAGUUACUGGUGCAGUGGGAACAAUGUAAAUGGCAUUAAAAAGAUUUAAGGUUUCAGAAAGCUGCAUCACCCAAUCGAAAACGAUGCAUUUUUGUUUCAGUCCUUGGAACCAAAUCGGCCAUUCUUUGGGAAAGUGGGUAAGCUGCCCUAGGGCUAGUAAAAUAUAUGAGACUUAACAGUGGAGGAGGCAAGAUUUCAUUUGCCUUAAAUGUUUAUAGAUUUUCUAUAACUUUCAACUUUCAACCCAAGUUAUUAAAACGUGACUGUUAAAUGUUCAGAGUAGAAGACCCGAAUCAGGAGCGCCCGCCGGGGAUCACUCUCUCCCCUGGUGGUGUUUUAACCAGUGGCUGACUUGGGUUCCUCGGUGUAUCCUUCUGAAGGUGGUGAUAAUUUUUAAUCAUCCAUGAACUGAAUGUUAAAAUGUCUGCAUGCUUUAGUUGAAAGGAAAGUUAAGGUUUUAUAUCUCCAUCCUUUGCAUUAUCAGUGAAGUCGAAACGCAGAAUACCGUUGCUAAAGUUCACCCAUAUUAGGCUUAUAUUAAAGCCCUUGAGAAAAUGCUUGAGCACGUUUUUGCCCAGCUGUCAUCAUCCCCUUUUCCCUCUGUCCUUCACUUUCGAAUCUACAGAAAGGACGAAUUCUGUGCACAAGUGGAGCUUGCGCCCCCCCGGGUGUGUUGUGUGUUUGUGUGCAUGUGCACAUCGCACUGGGUUGUUUGCUGGAGUUGGAGCUCCUUUUCCAUGGGGAGGAGGUGGCUGGGCUGGUGCGAAGGAGAUGAGAUGGGGUGUCCCCCCCCACCAUCACCAUACUUGAGACUUCUCUUCAUUUUGCAUGCACGUAUUUCAAAAGUGCUGUAGCUCUGUGGCAAGCCCCCUGCCCGUCGGGAUGGCAGACGUCAUUACCCUGCCCCUCCUCACUCACCCCACACCUACACCAGGGGAGGUGUUAGUCACACUGUGAAACCAAGAGAAUUGGGCCCUUGGUUCACACCCCCUCUGGCUGAAUCCUGCGGGGCUCAGGACUCAGGCUCCCCAAAUAGGGGCACAUACUUGUUGGUGGGUAUGCAUUUCCAUGUAUGUGUGCAUGGCCUUGAGUGUAAUUACCAAUUAUAUGUUAGCCAUCUGAACAUCUGUGUUGUCUGUCGUUGGUGGGUGUCAUGUCAACCGGUAACUUUCCGCAUGUGUUUGUAUGGACGCGUGUCUGUGUUUCUACCCUGUGCCCUAUGGUGGAGAGAUUUCCUAAUGGCACCCAUCUUUUGGAAGGCUGCUCUAAAGCCAGUUUACUUCUCCCUUGGCUCCUUUUAUUCCUUUCCCUCCAUGACACUGGCUUCUCCCCAGGAAUAAAUAGCUUUAGCAGAGAAGAGUCUUCUGGAAAGCUUGAUAUCCCGCAGGCAAUCCAUUAGACUCUUGCCUCAGGACCCUAUGAGGUGAAAACAGCAAGAAUCAGAGAAAGGUCAAGCUCUGUCAUAAUUAUUGCUCCAACUUUACUACCCCGAAAGCCUUACUACAUAUUUCUCAAUAUAACUUAAAAAUUGAGCUUCACAAAGAAAACCAUAAGACUGAUGACUAAAAGUAGCACAGAAACGUUAACAUAAUUAAGUAGUCCAGCAGAGAUCCUUCCUGCGAUUAUAAAGUGAUGUAAGUAUUUCUGGGUAGCAUUUAUGCUUUAUGGAUCUUGUUACAAAAAAAAUAAUUAAUCACUACUGUGAAUUUAUGAUGUAACCUUGUCCUAUUCCAUCAUAAAUAAAAUACGAACUGUUCUGAAGCCCAUA